UUGGAUGACACGUGACGUCCAGUCGUCUCUCUACACUUCUUUUGCAAAGUUUUAGACUCUCACAAUUUCAAACAUUCGUUGUUGAUCGCAAUGACCCCAUUCGAUGCUGACGAAGGAAAAGAAACAUAGCUGCUCAUCUCAUGUGUUGAAUCUCGUGUGGGCUGUUUACUCCUGCAGCAUGGACAGGGAGGGCCCCCAGACGCUCUGCGACCUGUGCUUAGCUCAGGUGUGCUGCAGCUUGGAUGUCCUGUGUAGCAAACGGGCAGAUGGCUCUCUGCUCCUCAUGUCAGCAUCCCUCUUCCCUCAUCAGAUGACUGACCAGCUACUGCAGAAGAUGGCCAAAAAAGGGAUACUGAACGAGAAAACCAUUGGGAUUUUCCGGAACCAUGAAGAGCUGCGUUUGAGUAGAGUGUCCAUCCGCCACUGUUUGUUUUCUGUGGAAGCUUUUCGACAGGCCGUCUGCCCUCACCGGCUUCAAGAACUGGAUGCAUCCUGGCUUGCUGGAGACAUCACCGGCGCUCAAAUCAUCUCGGGCUUGACGUUCAACUCCAGGUGCGCAUCUAGUCUGCGGAAGUUGUCCCUGAACGGGCUUUGCAUGGACUGGGCCUCUCUAGAGAAGGGGAAAGUUGCACUCAGAUCCCUGAAAGACUUGCGGACACUCAACCUUGCCAGCACAGACCUGUGUAACGUCGCCUUAGAAGAAUUCUGCACUCUCCCGCAACUGGAGAGUCUUGAUAUCUCUUGCAGCGCCAUUUCAAAUCUUACAGCACUUCUCCAAUGCAAGAACACUCUCAGAUCUUUAAUCGCCCAUCGACUUAGGCAACUGGACAUGUCGGCAGCGAGUUUGCUGUCUGUCCUCAGCCAGCUUCAAGCCAUGAAACAUUUGGAUUUCUCGGAUGACCAUUUAACAGCGGAGGAUGGUGACCGAAGUGACGGAGAUUCGGUUGCGAGUCUUCUGUGGGCCGGUCUGCAGGUUCUUCCGUCUCUUGUAUCUUUGGACGUGUCAGGCAGGAAGGGAAUUAGGGAGGCGGCAGUUAAUGCAUUCGUGGAGGCCAGGAAGGAGCUGGUAUUCUUGGGUCUGCUCGCCACUGGAGUUAGCUCCUGUGGUGUCCUGUCAACAAAGAAAAACCUCAAAGUAACUGGAGAGGCUAAUGAGAAGCAGUUGUGUGAGGCCCUGAGAAGGUACAGAGACAGAGAGUGUUUCAUCCGAGAGGCCCUCUUCCAUCUCUACAAUUUUACCACCGACUCUCAAAAACCACAACCAGAAAUGCUGGAGCUGGUUCUGAGGGCUAUGCAGAGCCAUCCCACAAGUCUUCAGAUCCACCUGGUGGCCACAGCUUGUUUGUUCAACCUCACUACCCAUGACCUUGCUGAGGCCAUGUCUGCACGACUGCUUUGCUUCACUGUCACCCAACUUCUGUACAGCAUGAAGACCUUCCAAGAACACACACAGGUCCAAACAAAUUGCCUUCUGGCACUCUGCAGCGACUACAUCCUUCAGGAGGUCCCCUUUGACACGUAUUUAGCAGCCACGCUGGUGAUUAACUGGCUGACCUGCCACAAGGAUCCUACACUUCAGAGGAUGGCUGUCGCUGUCAUCUCCAUUUUGGUGGCCAAGUUGUCGACAGCGGAAGUCGCACAGCUUGGCGAGGAUGUCCUCAUAAUGAAACAGCUGCUGUCAAUCGUGCAGGAGAGGGCCAUGUUAGGCGUGGUGGACUCCACUCUAAAGUUUGCCUUGAGAGCUUUGUGGAACCUGACUGACGAAAUGCCAGUAGCCGCCCGCAACUUUAUCCAGUGUAAUGGCUUGGAACUUUAUGAAGAACUUCUUGAGUCAUACCACAGGGAAUCUUCUAUUCAGCAGAAGGUUCUUGGGCUUUUGAACAACAUUGCAGAGGUGGAAGAAUUGCAGACAGCACUAAUGGAGGCAGACUUGUUAGAGCACAUCCUCAGCCUCCUGCAGGACCCAGAGAUCGAGAUGGGGGUCCGCUACUUUGCUGGGGGGAUUCUUGCCCACAUUACUUCCAGACCAGAAGCUUGGCUCUUGGAAGAGAAGUUGCGUGGCACCAUUCACAAGCAGCUGCAUGUGUCCAUUGCAGAGUGGACAGAACUGGAUAAAGAAAUUGUGUUCUACAGGUCCUUGCGUCCAUUUUGCCACCUGCUUCAGACAUCUCAACCUACAGGGGUGCAACUGUGGGCUGUGUGGGCUAUUCAUUUUGUCCUCACUCAAAACACUUCACAUUACAGCUGGAUGCUGGAGCGUGAAGGCGUGGCUGAACUUCUGAAUGCUCUGACCGUGCAUCCCGAUACACACAACAUCAUUAGGGGACUAUCGGAGAGCAUCUUGCUUAUGCUUGAGCGCCAACAACCAGAGCCCUUCAUCAAGCAAGCAGAGCCUCGCAGCUCCUAGUAGAAUUGUUUCAUCGAGGAUUUCAUGUUGAAAUUAAGGUUGUGCAAAAUAAAACUGCACUCGGUGAAGAGUUAGAUGAAGAGAAGUUUCAUGUGUGCAGGAAUUUUGAUAACCAAAGUGUAAAUUUUAUGUGUAUAUUUAAUGAAUGAGUACAUAAUUUGUUGCAUAAAAUGCCACUAGAGGGUGCUUCAGAGCUGUGACUUCAGCGAUUGGUUUAAUCUCAGUUGAAAGGCAGUGCUGUAAAUGAAUACAAAAAUAAGAAUUGAUUAAAACCCUAACAAGGAUAAGCAUUAUUGGAAAUAGAUGGAUGGAAGAAUUCAAUACAAGACAGUUAAAAGUAAUUUGAAAAUAAUAAUAUAACAGUUAAACAACUUGAAAACAAUACCCCUGAAAAAUAAUAAAUGUGAAACUAAAGCAUCUUAAGUCUAUUGAAAGUCGUCCUAUUCUUUUUGUGAUCAUUCAACUAACUAUUGUUUGAAUUACACCUUUUAUUAUGUGCAUCCCAGCAGAAAUGAAUCUUGUUUUUUGAGAUUGACAAACCACAGGUAUUCAUUUUGCAGCUGUGUAAUUGUGGAGAAAAAAUUCAAGGUAAACCAGGAUAUCCAGGAAGUAGCAUGGUGGCAGACAUUUUUUGUCAUUGUGGGACUAUUUUACCCAAUUAAAUGCGAGUAUGCAAGAUUGCCCACCCUUCCUCAGGAUGUUAUUAAUACCUAUUAUCACAUCCACCUGGCCUGCAGUCUGUUUAUGUACAGUGUAUAACUGACUACACAAUGGCUCUGCUCAUAAGGGGUGUCAUUUUGUG